AUGGGCGCCAGUGGCUCCAAAGCUCGGGGUCUUUGGCCCUUUGCCUCCACUUUGGGGGACCGCGACCCAGAGGCAGCAGGCUCUGAACAGUCUUUGGUGUGGCCUCGAGGCCGAGCAGUACCUCCCUUCGUAUUCACGCGCAGUGGCUCCAUGUUCUAUGAUGAAGAUGGAGAUCUAGCUCACGAAUUCUAUGAGGAGACAAUCGUCACCAAGAAUGGGCAGAAGCGAGCCAAGCUGAGGCGGGUACAUAAGAAUCAGAUUCCUCAGGGCAUCGUGAAGCUGGAUCCUCCGAAUCCAUAUGGAUUUCCCCGUGAUCCUCUAUGAAGUAUGAGCCUGUGG